UCGUCUUGCAACAUCCCUGCAGCAGCACAUACACAAUUACCUGAGCUUCCAUUCAGCAAAGAGGAACACACGCACACUGAUCAUCCCUCGGGUUCCGAUUUCAAGGCAUCAACAUGUCAAGGGCGUUGGAGCCUCUCGUUGUGGGGAAGGUGAUUGGUGAGGUGCUGGACAGCUUCAACCCCACCGUGAAGAUGACGGCAACCUACAGCUCCAACAAGCAGGUGUUCAACGGCCAUGAGUUCUUCCCCUCGGCCAUCGCCGCUAAGCCGCGUGUCGAGGUUCAGGGGGGCGACCUUAGAUCCUUCUUCACAUUGGUGAUGACUGACCCUGAUGUGCCAGGACCCAGUGAUCCGUACCUGAGGGAGCAUCUUCACUGGAUUGUUACUGAUAUUCCUGGGACUACUGAUGCUUCUUUUGGGAAGGAGGUGGUGCACUACGAGAGCCCAAAGCCAAACAUCGGCAUCCACAGGUUCAUCCUCGUGCUGUUCCAGCAGACGCACCGGGGCUCGGUAAAGAACACACCGUCGUCGAGGGACCGCUUCAGGACCCGCGAGUUCGCCAAGGAUAACGAGCUCGGCCUCCCUGUCGCCGCUGUCUACUUCAACGCGCAGCGGGAGACCGCCGCCCGCCGGCGAUAGCUCAACGGCAACCGAACCAACCAACCAGCAACACCCCCCUACUAUGUACCUGAUCUAGCUACAUGAUAAAACGAACUGCGUACAAUCACCUAUUAGCUAGCUUCGAUGGCCUUUCCUGCUACAUCCAAGCAUGCACAAUGUCUGAAUAAAACACACCGGUAAAUUAGCUGUUUGCACGAGAAAGCUGCUCCCUACUAGUACGUAGCCGUUGCCCAUUUAGUUAAUUUUUGUGAAUGUGACAAGAUCGAUGAUUGGGAAGAGAUUGCAGUGUUGACUGAGAAAAAAGUGCAAGAUUUGAAGCAAUAAUAGUCGUCAGGGAGUAUAAGUUACGUGUCGAGUGCCCAAAUGGAGGGGAAGAAGUGGACAUGGCUCUAGUAUUCCCCUACCUACUAUUCUGUUAUGUGGUUUUUCUUCAUUGGAUCGAAGUUUGCAGCGUACUUUUGUCUGAUCUUGCAUGUCAUCACUAGACUCGCUGACUACUACCCGAUGCUUGUUUUCUGUAAUCCAUGCCCAGUUACUUUUACUUCGAUCUUUAUGUCACUUUUCAAUGACAUGACAUGCAUAUAAUUUGUCUAUUUA